CAAGAAGUCGCUUUGUGUUGUUCCCGUAUUCGGGCAAUAAUUCCUUUAUAGACAGCUCAGAUCUCUUUUAUAUAUCAACGCCCUUGGUCAAGGGUCAAGUGGGGUUGAGCCAAGGCAUACAUAAACGAGAUUUCUCAGCCCAGUUUAUUAAUUUCUUUGCGCUCACUUGACAAGUGGGGCAAAGAAAACACUUCAAUGCAGUACAGUUGAGCAGCAGAAUUUCCCGUUCAGCUUAAUUCUAGAUCCUGGUCCCAAUCUUAGACUUAAUUGCUGCAUUCAUAGUUUUCUAGUCAAGCUUUUGGAAGCAAAUUUGCAGAAAGUCGAUUAGAUUUUCAUUCUAUCUGAAAAUCUACCAUCCCACUGACAGUUUACACAUUUCCAUCGAUCCGAACGCUUCUGCAACUCAAUCCUAUUCCGAGAUUCGAAGAUCUGCUGAUUUUAAUACUCCCUCAGUGUCAGGAAUAUGGGGUCGGCAGACUUCUCAGAAAACGUUUUCCACGUCGCGUCUACUAUAAUCAAACCAGUGGAAGAAUCCCAGCAUCCAGAUUUUUUGGAUGCAGCUCUGUUUGAUCACAUCUGCUUGAAUCUAGACAACUACGUCCCAAUACUACUAUUUUACAGGUUGGACAACACCGAUGCUGCUUACAAGCGACUCAUCAAUCAGCUGCAGGAUUCACUGUCAAAAUUGCUGGUGCCAUACUACCCUAUGGCAGGACGCUGGGUGGAGUACAACAACGCCUACACUGUAAGAAGGCUUCUCUGCAACGAUGCAGGAGUUCCAUUCAUCGAAGCAGAAGCACGCUAUGACUUGGAUGCAACGCUCGGAACCGAGACUUUCGUACCCACUUGUCAGCUCUCGGGCUUUGAGGACGUCGGCCUCGAUCCAACGUCGUACAAUCAAGACAUUCGAUUGUCACUCCCUUCUUUGAUCAUAAAGGUGACCAGAUUCCGGUGCGGUGGAAUCGUACUGGGUGUCAACUUCAAUCACGUGACGGCCGACGGUGAGUCGAUGAUGCAGUUUUUGCAAGCCUGGUCGGAGAUGGUUCUCACAGGUCGUACAUCAUAUAGCCCGGUGCACGACCGGUCCAAUGCUCUGUCGCUGAUGGAUCUCCAGCGGCAGCAGUCUCCGAAGUCGACACUGCAAACGGAACCAGUGCAGACUCUGGAUACGAUGGUGGACGAAGAUGGCCAGACGCUGCCGACGGAGAAGUCGGACUCGGACACCUUCAGGGUGAAGAAGCCAUCGCCAUUCUGUGUGAAGUUUCUGAACGUGAGGAUGGACAAGAUUGAAGAGCUCAGAAAGGUGGCUAUGGGCAGUAAGCAGACUACUAAGACCCUCAGUCGAGUGGACUGCAUCAUCGCACAUUUCUGGCGGUGCCUGUCCAAGCUGCCGGCUCCCUUGCUGGAGAAUGAAGAGUCCAUCAAGGUCUGGACCGCUGUCGACUGCCGGCGUAGGAUCUCGUCCCCAUCGUUGCCCGAGCAGUACUUCGGGAAUUUUGUUUUGCUGGUCCCACUUCCUGAAUUGCCAGUUAAGAAAAUUUCCGGAGAGAGCCAUGCAUUUGCAGGAAGCCUCGUUCAGAGGACGGUACGAAACAUUAACUCGACGACAUGUUGGGAUGCUGUAGACGAAAUGGUCAGCAUCACCAAGGGAGCUCAAAAAUCAUCGACUCCGCAUUUUUUCUUCUCUUCCUGGAUUAGAUUUCCUUUGUACGAUCUGGACUUCGGAUGUGGUACUCCAUACUUUGCCACUGGGAACUUCAGACACGAAGGAACCCCUCUGGGAUACUGUAUCAUACUCCCUCCUGUCCCUACAAAAGAGAACACCUUCGCUGCCACGCUCGAAAUCUUCCUCAUGAAGCAUGUCAUGGAUGCUCUUCACGCGGAUCCUGAAUUUCUUCAGCUUUUUAGCUAGCAAGGAAAUCCGAAUUUGAUGACGGAUUCUUUAUGGUAUACAUUAAAACUUAUUACUAGCUCUCCUUCGUUCUCCGAUCUCCAUGAUGAAAUCUGAUCGAAGCUGCUUCAUACCCACUUGUACAAAGAUAUUGUUACUAAAGAAUGUUAUUUACUUUUCGUAAAUUACUUUAACAGUUGCCUCUUCUGUCGACGACGUCCUGAAAAUCUAUGGAAACUUUGUAAAACAUCUUCUAGCAGUUGAUGUCUUGAAAUCAGUGGUGAAAUACUGAUUCAGAUGUAGAGAGUAUUCGCCACAUGUGGUCACUUCUCUGGUAACGUGAUGGCCAGAUUGCUGAGGAGAAUUCGAGCAAAGAGAGAUCCCGUGAUGUUUUCCAAUUUGUGAUAUAAGAUACAAGAAUUUA